AUGAAGCUUCGUGACCUGGUGCACCGAGUGAGGAAGCGAUCAUUGAAGUCCAAAGAUAACGAGAUUCUUGAAGAUCGACUUGAAGAGUCAUUUCAGCAACGAUUUGGGAUUUUCUUAUUGAACGACGCAGUCACAUCAAAUGUCAACGCAGUGGAUUUUGUGGCUGUUCAUGGGCUUGGGGGUCAUCCGGUGCGAACAUGGCAGCAUGCUGAGACCAGAGCUUCCUGGCUCCAGGAUUUCAUCCCACAAGACAUUGAGAAUGCCAGGGUGAUAUCAUAUGGAUAUAGCUCAGUCGUGGCAUUUAGUAAAUCCACUGCUGGUGUUGAUGAAUUCGCUCGAGACUUACUCGAAAGACUGAAGGCGGUCCGCUUCGAUUUAACGAGGCCUAUCAUUUUUAUCUGCCACAGCAUGGGCGGAUUGAUAGUUAAAAAGGUCAAAGCUCUUAUAGUUGCCCAUGAGCGGGCAGAGAUCUAUGGCACUAUUGCUCAUUCAACCGUAGGUGUUGUCUUCUUAGCUACUCCACACCGAGGAUCCAGCUUUGCAGCUCCCGCCGAAUUUGCAUCUAUGGUUCUCUGUGCAGCCCAGCUUGGGACCGGAACUAAUAAAAAGCUCGUGGCAUCUCUAAGAAAGAAUGCUGAACUUCUCUGGGAUGUCUCGUCCCAGUUCGUGGAUAGGGCGAGCGGGAUUCACAUCAAGACUUUUUACGAGACAGAUUCUUUGCCCUAUAUGAGUUCGCUGGUUGUUGACAAGAACUCGGCUGUGUUGCAAUUGCCAAACGAAAUCGCUAGCCCAAUGUUAAACACAAACCACCGCACUAUUUGCCGGUUUUCUCAUCCAGGAUGUCAGAACUAUGCUUUGAUUCGUGCAGCCCUUCAAGAUAUAUACUCUCAAGCAAUUUUGAAAGUAAAUUGCCUAAAGAUACAUGACGAAGCUACCCUGAGAAUUAUUCAACAGUUCCACAAAUCUGAUUAUAUAGAGUACAAGGCGCUAGUCAAGCCACCUAUUAAAGAAACCUGCACGUGGAUGCUUCAAGAGGCAGAAUAUCUGUUGUGGCUUGAAAGCCCGUCGUCGUCCGUUCUCUGGAUAUCCGGUGAUCCUGGCUGCGGAAAGACGACACUCGCGGCAUUUCUGAUCGACAGUAUCAACCAGCGUCCAGAAAUGCAGAAUGCCGAUUUCAUAAUGAUUUACUUCUUCUUUGACGGGAAUAUUGCGGCUCAGCUCAACGGGACGGCGCUCGUGUCUGCGCUUAUCCAUCAGCUUCUGCAAGCUAAACCAACACUUGCUCCCUUGGCCGAAAAGUACUUGAAACAAAAUCCGUCGAAAUUUGGGCUGAGUCUCCAUACUUUAUGCGAAAUCUUCAAGGCCAUUGUUUUAGGGCCAGAGAUGAAACCUUUUAGGGUUAUUUGUGUUGUAGAUGCGCUGGAUGAGUGUGAGUCUGCAUCUAUGACUAGACUUAUUAGCUUUUUAUUCUCGAUCAGUUUCGAUCAUAACAACAGCGAGGGCGGUAGUGGGAGCGGAUGGUUCAAGCUUGCAGUCACCAGUCGCCAUAGCCAACCUAUUGACGACAUGUUCCGCGCUUUGCCAGCUCAUCAUCGAAUACAACUCGCAGAUCACGCAGCGCACACGAUGCGCGACAUUUCAAGAUUUGUUCAAGUUCGCUGCUCUCAAAUUCAGAACAUUACUCGAUGUUCAGAUUCCAUACGCGACGUCGUCGAGAAACAGCUCAUCAAUCGGUCUGACAACACGUUCCUUUGGGUCCAUAUGGUGCUGGACUUGCUGGAAACCGACACUAACGCCACACCGCAGUCGUUUGAAACCACGCUUCGAUCUAUCCCAGACAGGCUAGAUGGUUUAUAUGAUGGUAUCUUGCGGCGUUCGGCUGCUCCCGACGCCAUGCUGCGCAUACUAUCCAUUAUAGCGGCUUCGCAGCGUGCUCUUACUCUGGAGGAGAUUGAAAUCGCCCUUGCGGUUCGAUCUGACGACACUUACAUCUGGCAAGUACACCAUCGCUGUCAGUUUGAUAUUGCAAGACACUUGUAUGCCGUUUGUGGCCCGUUCAUUCGGAUUCGGAACGGGACGGUGUCGUUCAUCCACCAUACAGCCACUGAAUUUCUAUUACGGGCUCCAAAUAUCCCAAAAUCUCCAGACGAGACAAGGAUAUACCAGUAUAAAGGAUGUUUGGAAUCGGCUGGGGUGAACUAUUGUCUAGCCGAGAUCUGUGUUAUCUAUCUUCUGCUUUCUUAUGCGGUAAGCAGCGAGUCAUCACCAGAACCUGAAGCUUACAGAAAUUUGAUGGAAGUUGACGACGAGCACAUCUCUACCAAUGAGGAAUGUAGCAUACUAAUACGGUCAAAUUUGAAGAAAGAGGGCGGCCUGUUUGACUAUGCCGCGAAACACUGGGGAAGCCACUGCGGUCUAGGCAAAGUUUCAUCCGCCUCUUCGAUGUUCCCCAAAGUCGUUUCUCUCUGUGACACGUCUUCAAAUACCUUCCGUUCAUGGUUCCAACUUUAUUGGGACACUAUCAGCACCGUCCCACGUUUUCCGGAUGGACUCACGCCCCUCAUGCUGGCCUCGCACAUGGGUCUCCCAGACGUAAUGCGGCCACUCCUUCUGACAGACGGCAAACCGCAAAGCAAAGAGUCAUCAGACUUAGCUUGCAGAGGAAAUGAGCCAAGACCAAGCUAUUUACGUGAGACCGACUCCGAGGGUUGGACAGUGCUUCAUUGGGCCGUCUGGAGCGGGAAUGGAAGCCCUAUCAACAUCGAUGUGAUGGAAAUUCUGUUAGAGCUGCAGCAUGACGACACCUACAAGGAUGGCAAGUAUGACGAUGCCUGUGGCAUCGGCCGGUAUUGUGACAACAAUGGGUUGGGAACAGACCUAGAAACUUCAGUAUCAACCAGCGUCCUGGACAUCCAAGACAAGAAAGGACUGACGCCGCUGCACUGGGCGGCUGCAGAUGAUCAAGUGGGUGCAAUGCGCCUACUUCUCCACGCUGGUGCGACUGUAGACGUUUUUGACAGUGAGGGCAUGACGGCUCUGUCGUUGGCUAUCGAUAACGAUUUCCUUGGACCCGUCGAACUGUUAUUGCAACAUGAAGCAGAUCCAAACAUUACAUGUAAUACAGUGUGA